GAGCAGCCAUGCCGGAGCCGCGCGGGUCGUCGCCGCUGCGGGUGAACGCGGCGUUCGCGGCGAGGUACGGCCGCUACCGUGAGCGAGAGGAGCUGCAGCGGCUGAAAGAUCGCUACGGAGAUCGGCGCAGCGGCAGCGACUCCAGCUCCGAAUCUGAGUCCAGCGACGAGCACGUGGAAUUUGACCCUCAGCAAGAGCGUGACUUUUACAGGACUCUCUCCUUGUUGAAGAAGAAGGACCCCCGUAUUUAUCAGAAAGAUGCCACCUUCUAUCAGCGAACAGUAUCGUCCUCAGACAGCGAAGAGGAGCUGGCAGCUGAGAAGCGAAAGAAGGUGCAACCCAUGUACCUGAAGGACUACGAGAGGAAGGUUAUCCUGGAGAAAGGAGGAAAAUAUGUCGAUGAGGAGAAUUCAGAUGGGGAAACCUCCGAUCAGAGAUUCCAGCAGACCUCAUCGAAGAGUUACGUGGAAGAACAGAAACAGCUGAAGGAAAGCUUCCGGGCGUUUGUGGAGGACAGUGAGGAUGAAGACAGCGCUGAGGAAGGUGGCUCCGGGUUGCUGCAGAAACGUGCUAAAAGCAAAGAGGAGAAGGCCCAGGAGGAUGCUGACUACAUUGAGUGGCUGAAGGGGCAGAAGGAGAUUCAGAACCCCGACACCCUGAAAGAACUGACUCACCUCAGGGAAUUCUGGAACAACCCAGAGCUGGACGAGGGGGAGCGCUUCCUGCGAGAUUACAUCCUCAACAAACGCUAUGAGGAAGAAGGGGAGGAGGAAGAUGAGGAGGAGGAAGACGAAGAGGAGGAAAGGGUCCCCGGUCCCCCGGUCCAGCUGGCUGUAGAUGACUCCUCAGACGAGGGUGAACUGUUUCUGAAGAAGCAGGAGGACUUUGAGCUCAAGUACAACUUCCGCUUUGAGGAGCCAGACUCUGCCUCAGUCAAGACCUACCCUCGGAGCAUCGCCUCCUCCGUGCGCCGAAAGGACGAGCGCAGGAAGGAGAAGAGGGAGGAAACACGGGAGCGGAAGAAGAGGGAGAAAGCGAGGAAGCAGGAGGAACUCAAGCAGCUGAAGAACCUGAAGAGGAAGGAGAUCCUGGCCAAGCUGGAGAGGCUACGGCAGGUCACGGGCAACGAGACGCUGGGCUUUGAAGAGCAGGACCUGGAGGAUGACUUCGACCCUGCCCGGCACGACCAGCUCAUGCAGAAGUGCUUCGGGGACGAGUACUAUGGCGCCAUGGAAGAGGAGAAGCCACAGUUUGAGGAAGAAGAAGGGCUGGAAGACGACUGGAACUGGGACAUGUGGGCUGGGCCGGAGCAAGGUGGAGCUUGGAGCCAACAGGAGCCGCACUGCGAGGACCCCGACUUCAAUAUGGAUGCCGACUAUGACCCCAGCCAGCCCUGGAAGAAGCAGCGAGAGGCCCCUUUGUUGGGCAAGAAGAAGCGGAAGUCACCCUUUGCUGCGGCUGUGGGACAGGAGAAGCCUGUGUUUGACCCCGGGGACAAGACAUUUGAGGAGUACCUGGACGAGUAUUACCGUCUGGACUAUGAGGACAUCAUUGAUGAUCUGCCCUGUCGCUUCAAGUACCGCACGGUGGUGCCCUGCGACUUUGGACUUAGCACUGAGGAGAUCCUUGCUGCCGAUGACAAGGAGCUAAAUCGGUGGUGCUCCCUGAAGAAGACCUGCAUGUAUAGGUCGGAGCAGGAGGAACUGCAGGACAAGAGGGCAUACAGCCAGAAGGCCCGGAACGUGUGGAAAAAACGGCAGAUCUUCAAGUCACUCGGCCCAGAGGAGGCAGAGAUGCCCACGGAAGCCACAGGGAAGCCACAGAGAGACAGAGCUGGCUCAUCAGGACAGCUGGUGGCACUUGAUGGGGCCUGUGGCAAGCGGUCCCGGCCUGAGAGCACCCCAGCAGAGGAAGAGGCAGACCCUGUGACACCCACGGAGAAGCUGGGCCCCCAGAGGCGGAAGAGGGGCAAGAAGGCACGUCUCCUGGGCCCCACAGUGACACUUGGGGGACGUGAGUUCAGCCGCCAGAGACUGCAGGCCUUUGGCCUCAACCCCAAACGGCUGCACUUCCGGCAGCUGGGCCGACAGCGGAGGAAGCAGCAGGGGCCCAAGGCUAGCCACUGAGCCCAAGGGAGCCUGCAGGGGCCCCUUCCCCUUCUUAUUGACUGUAUGGACCCUCACAUCUACCUGUAGGCCAGGGAGUCUUCCCAUCUUAGAGAUGUGGAAGCUGAGGCCUACUCAACAAGCUUCCCCAGAUGACUCAGGGAACCUCCCCGCAAGACACACUCAAGUGCUGGGCCCAGCAAUAGCUACAGUCAAGUCAAACGGCUUUAUUACCCCCCAGCGGCCACAGCCCCUCCUCCCUCUCACCAGCUCUUGGCAGGAUAGGGGCUUUGUGACCAGUGAGGGGCAUGGACGGUCCAGUGCAAACUACAGUACGGAGUCAGGCCCUGAGUGGGUGCCCGGGGGCCUCCCUCCCUGCCCCAUGAGGAGGGCCCAGCUGGUGGGAGGCAGGUGUACGGGCUCUGUUCCUGGCUGAACAGCCCCAGCCCUUGAGGCUUCCUGGACUGGUCUCUCUCAGCUGCACUUGUCAGGGGGGAGUUCAAGCUCCCACACCUAACAUGACAUAAGUUAAAAAUAAAUAGGGUCGUGUCUUCUCCCUUAUCCCCUCCCUUUAUAAAAACACAAAGUCCUCAGAGCUUGGGCGUUUAGCCUUGAGGAGCCGGCCACUGCGAGGGAGCCGUAGUGUCUGCUGGGAGGGCGGGGAGCAGAGGUCAUCCAGGCUGUGGUCCUGAGCGUGGCCCUCGACCAGGGUGAACAUGGGGUAUCGUUCUGUGGCUGAGGAGGAGCUGAGGACCUGGUGGGAGGCGAGGGAGCAGCUCAGUCCCGAAGCCAUAGUAAUUAUCCAAGUAGAUACAAUUAACAGCCGUACUUAUCAGGUGCUUCCUGGGCUCAACUCCCAUCCCUCCAGCGCAGUGACGCAGAGCAGCCAAUCAGCACCUUCCGUGCUCUGGCUACAGUGAUUGGCUCAGUAAUGAGUAUAUGACCUUGUACAACCAAUGAACCACAGCCCUGGGAUUUUCCUUCUCUGCUAAGAAUAUGGGGCUCUUUCCACUGAACUAGAUAGUGGGGGUGGGGUGGGGGGCAGCUCCCCGGUGGCUCAGCAAUAAAGAAUCCCAGGUUCCCUGGGUUGGGAAGAUCCCUGGAGAAGGAAAUUGCAAUCCUCUCCAGUAUUCUUGCCUGGGAAAUCCCAUACACAGAGGAGCCUGGCGGGCUACAGUCCAUGGGGUUGCAAAAAGUCAGACAUGACUGGUGUGCACAACAAGAGAAGUUGGUUGUCAUUCUUGCCACCGUAAGGGUAAAUCCCUGAUAGAACAGAACCAAAGGACAAGGCAGGUCCUACCACUUCAGCCUCUGGGGACCAGCUGUUCCCUUAAAUUUUUCAUUUCAUGAAGCUUUUUGCUGUAAUCAGCAGGGCUUUCUAAUCAGACCUAACCCAAGCUGAAAAACCCUGGAGGGCUCCUGCAGGAUAAUAAUCCUGACAACAUGGCCAGGUUUGCUGGCCUCAUGGCCUCUGUUCCUCUCCUGCUGUAGACCUCCUCUGGACCCCCCACCUCCCAGCACACCCAGCUCACCCUGGUCAGCUCUGAGCAGAGCGUCUCAAACUCCUUUCUGUCUCCAGCAUAGAAGCCCACGGUACAGCUCGGGUCCAUCUUGGCAAAGGCCAUCUUGCGGGGUGAGGUGCAGUGGAAGGACUGGGGUGGAUAGACAAGGGGGCUCAGCAGGUUCCCUGCACACACCUCCAACCCCACCCUGGGGAUCCCAGCUCGCUCACCUCCAGGGGGAAGUCGGCCUGGCUGACAUCCACGGUGGGCUGGCAGUAGUGUGGGUCCAGGUAGAGCAGGAAGUCAU